AUGGCGGAUACCGCGUUUUACAGCACAGAGGCCGCUCUUGACGAGCUCCGCUUCCAAUGUGCAGCACUAGCUACUGACGAUUUCGACGUACACGUGAAGUUUAACGAUGUAGCAUGCUUUCUCACGGAACGACCUGUUGAUGAAGUAUGGGUUGGUUCUUCCUUGCCACUAUUUUGUUGCUUUCCUUAUGCGGAUGCUGCGAAACCGUCAAUCACAUUUUUCGCAAAUCUGACGCGGCGGGAGCGCCGAUGCCACAGAGUGGAAGUACUGGGAGCCACGGUCAACCGCAGGCCGGUUCGUCGCCGAGCACCCCGGGCCCCGGCGGCGGUGGUUCUACCGGUGGUGCUACCGGAAGCGCCGGCGGCGGUGCCGCAGCUUCCGGGACCGGUUCAACGAGCUGGGCCGGCAAGGGGCCUGCUCGUCGGGGUCGAGGAUGGCGCGAUUGGCGUCGCGGCGAUCCCACUCUCAUCAAGGGCCUGUGGAAGUCAAAGGGUCCUCUAGAUUCGCUGGGACAGGCGGAGAUCUACAUCAUUGUGGCUCUCCUGAUCGGCUUCUUCACCGUGGUAAUUGGCUGCUGGCUAUCCGACAACUGCUGGUCGCCGGAGCCAGAAGGCGUGGUCACUCUCGCAUAGCCUAGUGCCGACUUCCGUUCCUCUAGGCGAUAACAACUACUACGGCGCCCCUCAUACAGAAUUCUUCAGGACCUCGGCCGCUACUCAGAUCAUCGUAGUAACGCAUCCGAUAACGUCAGCGGCAAUCAUCGACCGCUGCUCCGGUUGCUCGACAUCAAUGAUAAUGACACGUUAUUACGCGUAUGAACACCACGCGCACGCGGGACCUUCUUCAUCGAAGAGGUAUUGUUCGAUCGACGGCAUCUGCGAACCAACCUCCUUCGCAAGUUCCUAUUUCGCAAGAGACGAGUUUUCUAGCAGGGUCGGUUUUUGAGCGUAAAAAGAAACGUCAAAGAAGAAAAUGAAAUUA